AUGUAUCACUCUUCAACAGCGACUCACUAUAAUCCGGUGAAUCAACCCAGAUUAUAUCACCCUCCUACACCGAAUUCUGCAUCAUACCGAGCUCCCUAUAUUCCUAGAACAACAAUGGACUCAUUCGGCAUGCCUCCUUCUCCAACAGCAUCAUCCUCAUUCUCUUCUCAUGACCCAAAUCCCAUUCCAACCAGUGUCAGCAACAGUCACACCGCGGCAUACAAUACCAACAAUCCUACUGCAGGAUCUUCUUUUUAUCCAUCAAAGUCUUACAUGUCUCCUCAAAUCACUCAUCAGUUUGACAACCUCUCAACUAGCACUCCAGGUCUCAUGCCUCUGGCUGGUCCUUCCACCAAUCAUAGAUCCAUCAACGUUCUCGGAUGGGGGCCGAGAGAAGGUGCUCAAGGGACACAAGUUGUGAUCAAAGCAGACGUUGAUCUUCCUUCCACUACACCGCCUCCCAACUCGAAUGGAAAUUCACCAAAUCCAUCUCCACAAUCAAAAUCCACUAGAGCUCUUCGAGUUGUCUUCAAUAGCCAUCCGGUUCACACAGCUGUAUCAACUCUAGAUCAAUCAGAUGAUUCCUCGAAUGGCCAACUGUACUCACUGGUGGCGACAGUACCCAGCUUCACUACUGCGACGACUGGUUAUGGUAAUAGAGUACCCGUCACAGUGGAAGUUUUAUCAGGAGAACAUGCCAUAACUGCUUCGGCGCCAGUAGGAGACUUUGCUUAUACCAAUGCAGCAUCAAGAGGUAAUCCACUUAAACGAGGAGGAGACAACCUCGAGUCUGCUCGACCUUCACCUCAUCAAGUACAUCGUCGAGUUAUGUCCACUAAUUCUGCGACAUAUUCGACUCCGGAAAUUCAGCAGUACGCGACUAUGCCUUCAACAUAUCACCCAAGUCCUUCGGGAAGAUCCGUUUCCGACUCUGUAGCUUCUUGGCAACAAAGCCCGUACACUGCAACCGGAAACUCUGUACAAGCUGCACCUCAUCCAGCUCCUCCACCUUAUACUCCUGGACUCCAACCUAGCCUCAUGCGAUCAACGCAACUGGGUCCUGGUAUUCCAGCACCCGCUCCAUAUGUCAACUCUGGUCACAAAGCAGCGUUAGAGAUGUCAGGAGAUUUGAUGACGAUGUCAAAAGGAUGGACUCAAGAGGAAUGGCAUGCACGACGACGUCUCGUCCAGUUCUGGCGUCGACAAGAAGGUACAACGAUUCACGCUGCUUUCAAACCUAUUUCUCAAGCCGAAUAUCCUGCUUAUCAACAAUCUAUCAUCGUCUCCUGUAUCUUCCGAGAGGACAAGAACGCUUGUUACGUCACUUCAGUUGAUGCCAUCUAUUUGCUAGAGGCGUUGGUAGGUACUCGAUUUACGGUAGAGGAGAAAAACAGGAUCAGGAGGAACUUAGAAGGUUUCAGACCCAUAACAAUCUCAAAAAGCAAACCUGGAAAUGAGGAUUUCUUUAGGUUGAUCAUGAACUUCCCCAAUCCUCGACCAAGAAACAUAGAGAAAGAUGUAAAGGUGUUCCCUUGGGAGAUCUUGUCUCAAGCCUUGAAGAAAAUCAUAGGAAAAUACUCUGCGAGCUUUCCUUACCCAUCAAGCCCUAUGCCGCCUCCUCCACCACCCCAGUCAUAUCCUUCGUCCACGAAUUAUGGUAUCCCUGGUCCGCUCCAACCAAUGUUACCAUCACCAAUGCCUGAAGACGAUUACGUCAAACACGAUUAUAGUGCCUCGAUAUCUACUGGACCACCUACAGGUUCUACUUCGGCACCUAAUCUCACCUCUCACUCGAGUUCUGACUCCUCAAACUAUGCUCACUCAGCUUAUCCAAACCCUCAUACACCAUCUCAACAUCCCAACUCGCCAACAGCUUAUCGUACGAGCUCCAACACUGCUACAACACCUCAUGGCACGGAUGAGAAGGCCAACUCAUAUCUCAAUCUGUCACCAUAUGGUCAACCAGGAGGACAAUGGAUCAAUUCCGGAGAUCCUCACGAUACUCCCAACGGCUCCCGAUCUUACGUCCUACCAGGGAAUAUGGUUUAUCCUGAUCAACCUCAUCAUUUACCUCAUGUUCACCAAACCGUUUCUAGACAACCGAACCCUAAUGAUUUGAGAAUCAAUUUCCCAGGUCUAUCUGGUUAG